ACACUUUUGAGUCGCUGACUGACUGCCCAGUCGCGCUGGACAGCAUUGCGGCGUCCAGUUAUCUCACAUUUCUUCUUUAUUUCUCUUCGUUAUGGCCUUUUUUUCUCGCCCACAGUCGUCGUCGGCCAUCAAGAUUGUCAAUCCCAACACCCAGGACGAAUUGAGACCUCAGUCACGCAAGGAUUCGGUGCAACGACAAUGUAGGAAUAUCAUGAUUUAUGGCUCUUGUAAAUACCAAGACAAAGGAUGCACGUAUUAUCAUCCACCUGCGCCGGACACACCCAAGCCUACCGAGUCUCCUGCUAUUGGUUCACUUACUGCGCAGGCAGUCAAUGCUCCUGUAUUUGUACCCAAGGCUGCUGCUGCCUCAGUUUCAUUUCCACAGACUACAUCGCCGCCGCCUCUAUCGGCUUCGCGCCAGUCGUCUGUCGCAUCGCUCUCUCCCCCCUCUCCCACACCACAGGCCGAUUAUCAAGAUUUCCAGCCUCAGGAUGCAUACGACAAUUACCCGUAUAGUGGAGACUUGUCCACUGAUAGUCUAACGAAUCAGAUGGCAGAUCUUGACUCUCAGUUCUAUGAUGUUGGUGGAGUUGAUGCUACUUACUAUUCUGGUCCUCCCGACCUUUACAUACGUGAACCACUGAAUUAUCAUCUCUAUACGAACGCUAUUCCUCCUGCUUUUAUUUCUGCCCAUUCCGAUAGUCAUUUUGUUCCUUCAUCCUCUGAUCUCAGGCAAGUGCUACAGACCAGAAGCGAAACUAUACGCGGCGCUCCAGCGCCUGGUCUGAAUUUGCCUGAGGAACUACAAGGUUAUCACACUCUUGUUCCUCUCGAAUCCAGUGCUGCCAAUGAACGCCGCAAGUUUGGAAGUUGGUAUUCCACUGUAUACCGUGCUAUCAACUCCGCAGAAGGCGCACCUUAUACCUUGCGGAGAGUGGAGAAUUACCGUCUGAUGCACCAGUCCGCUUUCACCGCCAUUGAGGCGUGGUCGCGUAUUCGACAUCCAAACAUCGUCCUCGUUCGAGAGGCAUUCACAACGCGAGCUUUUGGCGAUAAUUCCCUUGUCGUAGCUUAUGCAUAUCAUGCUGGUGCGAGAACCCUCUACGACACUCACUUUAAACCACAACCCCCGACCAUCCAACCCUCCUUUAUCCAUAAUCGCUCUCAUAUUCAACUUCAACCGACGACGAUCCCAGAGCGAACGAUCUGGUCAUAUAUCAUUCAGAUCGCUUCUGCAAUCAAGAAGGUGCAUGAAGCAGGACUUGCGGUGCGAAUGAUCGAUGUUUCCAAAAUAUUGCUCACAGGCAAGAAUCGCAUUCGGAUAAGCUCUUGCGGAAUUGUCGAUGUUCUGAUGUACGAUGCCCAGCAGGACAUACAUAUGUUACAACUCGAAGAUCUGUCAAUGUUUGGUCGACUCAUCAUCGCUCUCUGUUGUACAAAUGCCUCGGCUGCGUCUGGGAGCAACUUUCAGAAGAGCCUUGAGAUAAUGGCGCAGGCAUAUAGUCCUGAGAUUAAGAACGUGGCUUUGUUCUUGAUCAGCAAGAAUAACCCUCAUCGGAACAUUGUCACAUUCUUUGAGAUCAUCCAUAACAAAGUCAUUUCUGACAUGGACGACGCCCUGGAAGCGACGGAUCGGCUCGAGAACGAACUUAUGGGUGAACUGGAAAAUGCAAGGCUCGUACGAUUGCUUUGCAAGUUUGGUUUCAUCAACGAACGGCCUGAAUUCGCCCGCGAUCCUCGCUGGUCUGAAACGGGGGACCGCUAUAUCAUCAAACUCUUUCGCGAUUAUGUAUUCCACCAACUUGACGAGAACGGGAAUCCUGUCACUAAUCUGUCACAUGUCUUGACUUGCUUGAACAAGCUCGACGCAGGUUCGGAGGAAAAACUCAUGCUGAUUGCUCCAGACGAACAGAGUUGUUUGGUCGUCAGUUACAAGGAGAUCAAAUUGUGCGUCGAGGCGGCUUUCAGCGAUCUUGCUAGGGCUGGAAGUACCAGUUAUAGAGUGUGAUACCUGGUGGAUUGGAACAUUAUCGGAAUAAAAUAGGUAGAAUUAGAAAAAAGACUCGGAAAAUAACAAAAAAAUGCUUGCCUUGCUU